AUGGCGCCUGUUCUCUCCUCCGCGCCGCGGUUAUUCGCCGGACUUUCCCCCACCGCCCCCUCCUCUACCUCAGCGCGGCAGCAGCAGGAACCGCCCGAUCUUAACGCGCGGCGCCGCCUCGAGAUCGACGCGCAGGGCCGCCCGUCUACCGCUUCCGCCGCCGGCACUUCCCCUUCCGUGCAUCCCCCGCAUAUGCGGCACCCCGCCGGCCGGCACAGUGACCCAAAUGUCGCCGCUGUCUUUGCCGCGGGCGCCGCCGGCGGCAGCGCUUCUGCUUCUGCUGCCGCCAGUGGCGGCGGCAACGGGGGUGGCGGCGCAGGGUUAGGAGACGCGGGAGCGGCGGCGAAUGCGGAGAGUGAUAUGGAGACGGAAUUGACGCUGCACCUAGACUUCGACCGCAUCUUUCGCAAGAGCUCCAGCGGCCCCGGAGCGCGCGGAUUUAACUCAGGGAGCGACUCGGACAGCGAGAGAGGGCUAGUGACGACAUCGUCCUCGGGCGCGCCUCGGGGAGCUACUAGUAUUGGAGCGAAAGAAGGUGCACUUGGCGCGUCGCGAAGGGAUGUUCGGCCGCGUGACUUGCGGCGGGACGGCAGUUCGAGCCGCUCUGGCAGCGCCGCGGGGAGCGGCAGCGGCAGCGGAAGCGGAAGCGCGUUCGCAGCAACGAGGGAUCUAGAGGCCGAGGCGCGAAGGGUCGCGUUGCCUGAGUCACCUCUGGCCGGCGGACAGGCGGGGCUAGAACGUGCCGACCGCGGCGGGCGCGGCGGGCGGAUUGGCGCAAUGGUCGGCGCAGUGGCGGUCGCGGCGCUGGGGAACGCCGCGCGGUCGGCUGGCGGGGGACGGCGGAUGUUCAAGAGCAAGUCUCUCACCGAUCAGCGCUUCCCGCACGCGGCCGCAGCGGCAGCGGCGGCGGGCGCUGGGGGACCGAGGAAUCCCGCGACGGCGGGCGCAACGUCCGCGCUUCCGCCAGUGGCAGCAGGGUCGUCGAGGGGCGCGAUAAAGAGCGUUUCGCUGUCAGAGUCCGCCUGGGCUUCCGGCGGCGCAGGCGCGGCGGCCAACGCGGUCCUCGGGGGCCGCCCGCCGGUUGCGCCGACAGCGGCGUCCGGUGCUGCGUCGCGGGGAGCGGCGGACGGCGCAGGCGCAGAGGCGGGUGCGCCAGGGAGUCCGCUGCUGGGCGGAGCGGCGCGCUGGACCUCCGGCAUGGGGAAGCGGAAGAGCAAGUCGGGUCCGGUGCGGCUGCGCAAGGGGCAAGCUGCGGCUUUAGCCGCCGUAGCAGCCGCGCGCGCGGCGGGGAGCAGGGGAGAGCUUAGUGGCGCGUCUCCUCCUCCGCGGAGCCUCCUCCUCCGCAGCUUGGACCUGGAUGCGCGCGCGCAUGAGCCGCGCAUUCCGCCGCGCGCGGCGGAGGCGCCGGCCGUUCCGAAGCUGCGGAAUGCUGGCGGGAGCAAUGGCGGCGAUGCGGUGGAAGGAUUCGAGAAUCCCCUGUUUAAGCAGAGCGAGGUCAAUGCCGACGCGGGGAUUGCGCCGCCGGUGGCGCCGCCACCAGCGGGAGCAGCGGCGUUGGUGGUGGGAAUGGGGGACGGAGGAAACGGCGCGACAGACGCGUCCGUGGAUGGUUCUUUGAGCGAGAGAGGAGGAGAGCGGGAAGGAGAUGGCGGAGGCGACGCUGGGAAAGGCGGAGGCGGAGCAAGCGCAGAUGGCGGAGUAAGCGCAGGCGGGUUCUCUAUUCCGCUUCUACCCUCCCCGACACUGCCCGCGCCAGCGACGGCCACGGCUAGCCUAUGGACCCACGGGCUGGGCAGGCGCAAGAGCAAGUCGGGGCCGCUGCGCCCGCGCAAGGCGCAGGCUGGCGGCGCAGGCGCGGGCGGAGGAGGAGGAGCAGGCGCUGGGGAAGUUUCACGCGAGGGUGGGGAUCUGAGCGCUGCCCCUCCCGCUGCGCCCCCUUCCCUGGCGGGCGAGGGGCGCCAGCAUGUGCGCUUGGCGGAAGCGGGGGAGGUUGGCGUGGGGGGAAGUGGCUAUCUGGAAGAGAUGAGAAUCAGCGGCGGAGGAGGAGGGGGCGGGGGCGGGCAGUAUGGCAGUGGUAUCCGUGUUGGUGGUGCUGAUGGUGGUGGUGAUGGUGGUGGUGCUAGUGUUGGCGAUAAGGCGAGCAAGAACGCGUUUUGGAACUAUGGCAUGGGCAGGAGGAAGAGCAAGUCUGGCCCGCUGAAACCCCGCAGGCGAGCAGCGCCAGGAGUAGCAACAGCAGCAGCAUCAGGAGGAGGAGAAGCAGGAGCAGGAGCAGGAGCAGGAGCAGGAGUAGGCGGCGUAACAGGAGGUAAAGGAGGAGGAGGAGGAGAAGGGGCCAGCAGCGGGACCGGACUGGGUGCGGUGGCGGAAAGCGUGGUUGACGCACGGGCGAGAGCGCGGAGGGCGCCGUCCCCUCCCCCUCGCCUCUUCUCCAGAAGCCACACGGACUUUGGGGCAGGCAGAGAGCGGCAGGGAGGGUGGAAGGCGUUUAUCAGCGGCGCCGCAUUAUCAUCGUCGUCAUCAUCAGCGGCGGCUGCUGCGGCGGCGGCAGCGCGUCCUGCCAUGCACUCGCCGCUCUUCUCGCCCGACCCCUGGGGUAGCAUUCAGGAGCCUUUCUCUGAUGCUGCUGCUGCUGCUGCUGCUGCCUCGCCUGUUCUGCAGGAGGAGGAGGAGGAGGAGGAGGAGGAGGAGGAGGAGGAGGAGGAGGAGGAGGAGGAGGAGGAGGAGGAGGAGGAGGAGGAGGAGGAGGAGGAGGAGGAGGCGGAGGAGGAGGAGGAGGAGGAGGAGGAGGAGGAGGAGGAGGAGGAGGAGGAGGAGGAGGAGGAGGAGGAGGAGGAGGAGGAGGAAGUGGGGUUGGUACCACUCCCGAGCCUGCUGUCGCAUACCACCGUGGCUCUUACGGUGGUGGUUCCUGGGAUCUUACUGCUGUUGUCCCACCCUGACGACCACACAGAGCGAUACAAGCACCGGCACAGGCUCGUGCAUAUGGGCGGCUUGCACGGCCACGCGCAGGGGGAGCGCGGGGGGCGCGGGGAGGGCGCGGGGCAUGGGGAGCGGGGCCGUUUUGAGGGGCUUCAGGGUAUGAUGGGGGGGCUGCAUGGGGGGGUGGGAGGAGUUGGGGGUGGUGGGGGGCGAGUGAGGCGCAACAGUGACGGUAGUGUGGUGGGCGUGUCAAGGGGCUUUCAGCCCGGGUGCAAUCCGCUCAUGAGCGCUCUCAUUGGCAGAGGCGCUGGCUUUGCCGCCGCUUCUCCUGCUGAUUCUCCUGCUGCUUCUCCUGCUGCUGCUUCUCCUGCUGCUGCUGUGGAUAAUGCAGGAGCAGCAGCGUUCCUGAGCGUGGCUCAAGCGCCGUCGGGCCGAGCUGCGCUGCUGCUCGAAGCAGAGUCUGGCCUCAUUGUUGCGGCUAGCCCUGCUGCCGUCGCACACGCAUUCCCUCUCUCUGCUGCUGCUGCUGCUGUGUUGAAAAGCGCUGCUGCUUCUGCUCCUUUCGCAGCUGUUGCUGGUGAUGGUGGUCUUGUUCACGAUACUGUGGCUGGGGUCACGAGCAGAGGUGAAGCGAGGGGGGUGAGCGGCGUUGAAGGGGCAUCGGGGAGGGAGAGGGGGAGCGAGAGAGCAAGGGAGAGGGAGAGGGAGGUGCAGCUGGAGGGGAGGCGAGUGUGGGAGCUGAGUGGGGGGCGGAUGCGGCCUCUGGACUGGCACAUGGCCACGGAGGCUCUGGAACGAGCCGAGUCCGUCAAGAUCAGGUUCCGUUUCACAUCCCUAUCAUCGUUCGGCCCACACUCUCUCCCUCACGCGUCCCAGCCCACUCCUCUCACCGGCUCUGCCUCUUCCUCCUCCGCCGCCCCCGACGCUCCACCUCUGCACGCGCAAGUGGUGGACCUGCAGCUGUGGCGCGCUGUACAGGUGGCAGGCAGGAAUUGGCUGGUGAUGGGAUGGCUAGAGGCUGUGGAGAGAGAGGAGCGGGGCCGGCUGGGUACUCUCGAGGAAGGGGGCAGUGGUAGUGGAGGGGAGGAGGAGGGUGAUGAGGAGGAGGAUGAGGAUGGGGAUGAGGAUGAGGAUUUAUGGGAGAAGGUACAGGUACGGGCUCAGUGGUACCAGCAACGUGAGCAUGGGGUAGAGCGAAAGCGAGGGGAGCAAAGGCAAGGGCAGCAGGGGCAGCAGGGGGAGCAGGGGGAGCAAGGGCAACAGGGACACCGGCAGGGGGAGGAGGGGGGGCAGCAGAAGGAAGGAGGGCAGCAGCGGGGUGGGAUGUGGGCGGGUAGGCCAAGGGGUGGCAUCAUGUUUGUUGGAAGCUCUGAAUCCUCUGCCUCACACAGCAAGUACGCUCAAGAUAGCCACAAACCGGACAGCAGCAACUAUCAGGACAGCAGCAGCACCUCCCACACUCCUCACCGCUUCCCUCCUCCUCCCCCUUACCACCUUCCUGCUCUCGCUCACGCCUCCUCCGCUCUUGUUCCUCGAUUUUUUUCUGCUGACGCCCCUGCUGCUGCUGCUGCUGCUCCCAGCCCCGACUCACCCGUUCCCCUUGCCAUGGCUGUUCCAGGCCGCGCCACAGGUGCAGCAGCAGCACCGGUGCAUGGGGAUAGCGCUAUAACGAGUAUGGGGAGUCGGGAGGUGGUGGUGGUGGAGGAAAGGCCAUGGGCAGGGAUGGAAGUGGAUGGACGAGAGGGAGGAGGAUGGCGUGGGAAGGGUUGGGGAGGGCAAGAGAGGGAGUGGGGCGGCAACGUGAGUGACUCUGAAUCGAGUGUGGUUGAGGCUGUAGCGGUGGGGCCUGCAACUGUUGCAGCAGCAGCGGCGGUGGCGGUGGCGGCGCCAGUUGGGGCAGCGGCGGUGGGGGCAACAUCGAAAGUAGUUGCUGGUGAAGAUGGUGUGGGGAUGGGAGUGGGAGGAUGGUCAGGAGAAAUUGCAGCAGAAACGGUCCCAGGCCGGGGAGGAGGAGGAGGAGGAGGUGGUGGUGGUGGUGGAGGAGGAGGAAGAGGAGGAGCACCUGAAGGGGGAGGAGCCGUGGCAGCAGUGGGAUGUGGGGAGCUGCCGCUGUGGAGUUCGUUUGAUCCCACUGCGUCCGCUGCUUCUUCAGCAAACCUGUCGCCUCACCACCAGCCUCAGCAGCACCAACAUCACCAACAGCAGCAAGCUCACCGUUCGCACCUCUCAUGUGCAUCUUCUUCUCAAGACUCGCCUUACCACAGUCAGUUGCAUCAGCAGCAGCAGCAGAUGCUACAACACCAGCACCCCACCCCUCCUCCACAGUACUACUCACCCAUAUACUCUCCUCAGCAGCCCUCUGCCCGUUUCUCAAGGCGUCAGCACCACUCUCCACCGCACUCUCCCCUGCUGUACUUUGAUGACUCUGUGCCGCGGCAGCAUGCACAGGCGAUCGGCAGCAGCGGCAGCAGCAGCUUGGAAUCGGCUGCAAUCACAGCCAGUGGUGCUUGCCAUGCUCCUGAUGCGCUCUCCCACAUUCACGCUUCUUCUCAAGAGCUCAUGCUUCCUGCUUCUGCUGCUGCGCCUGCUGCUUGCUCUGCUAGGGCUGCUGCUGCUUCUGCUGCUUCUGCUGCUACUGCUGCUUCUGCUGCUGCAGCUGGUGAUGGUGUUUUGAGUGACAAAGCAGCCCAUGUGCAGGAAGGACGUAAGGGCCGGAGCAGGGGUAAGGGGAAACGAGGUGGGGCUGAAGUUGAGAAGGAGAUGAGGAAGAGCAAACAGGCCGAACUGAAAAUGGGGGACGUUUCUUCAGAAGCAGCUCCAUCUGCCAAGGUCGCUCUGUUGAAGCGCUGGGACUUGACGCGUGGAGAUACCAGUGUUGGUGAAACUGGCAAAGGGAAGGUAGGCUACGGGAGAAAACACAAGGGGAGGAUCAGAACCAAAGAAAAGCGGGGGGCUGUGGAGAGUGAUGAAGGAGGGAUGGUAGUGGGUGAGCGAGAGCGAGACACAGCGAAAGGCGACCAGAGAAAGAGGGGGCACGAGGGCAGGAUGAGCAAGGGCAGCAGGCUGUGGUACGGGCGUGGCAGGAAAAGGCGCGAGGAGAGGGGUGAAGAAGAGAGAGACGCCGCCGCCUUGGGUAGGAACAGGAGUGGUAGGGUUGAUGUGGAUAUGCUUGGUGCAAGUGAGCAGGAGCAGCAUGGGUGUGAGUUCUGGGAUGAGCAGCGGCAGGUAUUUGAGAGUGAAACAAGGCUUUUGGAGGUUACUGCUACUGCUGCUACAGCUGCUGCUGUUGCUUCGGCUGCUGCUGCUGUUGACAGGGAGCAUCCGGGCUUGCAGCGAUGGCGUUUGCAGCAGCAGCAGCAGUACAAGGGGUUGCUGCCUGGGCAGAUGGAAGUGGUGGUGAUGGGAUCUGGUGUGAGGCACGAGCACAAGGAAGAGGUGGAAAAGGGGCAUGAAGGAGUGGGAAAGGGACAUGGAGUGGUGGAAAGGGUGCAGAGAGGUGUUGUGUGGUUGAAGAAGGAACAACUUGGGUUGGGUGUAAGGUUUGGAGGGAGGGAUGGAGGUGAAAGGGAGUUUAGAGGUAGGGGGUGGAGAGAUGAGGAGGGGAGUGAGCAGGAUUGGUCCAGUGAGGAGGAUGUGGAGGAAGAGGAGGACGAAGAGUGGUCAGAGGCGGAAGAUGAAGAUGUUAAUCUUGGAGAGGAGGAAGAAGUGGUGGGUGAUGGAGAUGACAUGAGUGGAGGAGAGGAAGAGGAAGGAGAAGAGGAAGAGGAAGAGGGAGAGAGGGACGGGGAAGAGAAGGUGAAAGUGCAGGAGGGGGAGAAGAACAAGAAUUUCCAAGAGGAGAGUGCAGCAGCUGUGUAUGGCGAGCAGCAGCCUCCACACACAAGAGACACAUGGCAGCCCAUACGGCUAGAGCGGCCGCCGUUAUCAUCCCGCUCUGGCCGUGAUGCUGCUGCUGGCUCUGGAGCUCGUGUCUACCGACCCCACACGCCCCCACCUCCUCGGAUGAUUCGGCGGCCAGGCAAGCAAUCAUUGUCAUAUUUUGCUGAGCUCAGUGAGCGCCAGGAGGAGGAGGAGGACCUGUACAGCGAUGAUCCGCCCUGCCAUUCUCACCUCCGCCAGCAACCACAGGAGGGGGAUCGCUACCAGCAGAUUCACAAUCGUCAGCAGCAGGACCUUUCUAGUUAUCCUUGGGAGCAGCAGCAACAGUGGCAGCAGCAGGACACAGCACCACACAGCCUCCCUCCUCAAAUUGGCUCCCUCCUCCCUCCUCCCGUAUCUGCCACCCAGCGCUUCCCUCACCGCCACGUACGGCCACAGCCACUGAAAUUGCCAUCCUUCCACUCCGCACAGCCUGAGCAAGAUUCUGUGCAUGCCUUAACCGCCAGUCUCUCCUUCCCUCAAUCUUCUUCCCUGGACUCAUCAGCGGCUGUCCUUCCAAGCCCAAGUCACUUUGGCCCUUUAUCCUGCCCUGCUUCUCUGCCUCCCUCACAGGAGCCACCAUCUCACUAUGCUGCAGCAGCUGCGGCAGCUGCAGCCGCUGCUGGAUUACCUAUUUAUCCCUCCCAUUUUAACCCCUUCACCCUCUCGUUUCCUUCCUAUUCCCUCUCAUAUCCCCACCUGCUCCCACUCAUCUCUCAUCCGUCUGCCUCCCCGCAUCCCCCCCUAAGCAGGUGUGAGGCGCCUGUCUGCCUGACUGCCCCGCAACCCCCCUGCUCUCCCUAUCACGACGGCUCCUCCUCUCCCCCCCGCACUUCCCCCGCAGACGCCUCCCAGGUGUGGUCUGGUGGCGCACUCACCAGGUGCGCCUCCCAGGUGUGGUCUGGUGGCGCACUCACCAGGUGUGAGGCGCGCCUCUGCCUGUCUGCCCCGCUAGAUCCCCCUUCUCUUCCUCUCGCCCCAACCCCUCUCCCCCCCGCACUUCCCCCGCAGGCGCCUCCCAGGUGUGGUCUGGUGGCGCACUCAGCAGGUGUGAGGCGCGCCUCUGCCUGCGCCUCCCAGGUGUGGUCUGGUGGCGCACUCAGCAGGUGUGAGGCGCGCCUCUGCCUGUCUGCCCCGCUAGAUCCCCCUUCUCUUCCUCUCGCCCCAACCCCUCUCCCCCCGCAGGCACCUCCCGGGUGUGGUCUGGUGGCGCACUCAGCAGGUGUGAGGCGCGCCUCUGCCUACGCCUCCCAGGUGUGGUCUGGUGGCGCACUCAGCAGGUGUGAGGCGCGCCUCUGCCUGUCUGCCCCGCUAGAUCCCCCUUCUCUUCCUCUCGCCCCAACCCCUCUCCCCCCAGCACUUCCCCCGCAGGCGCCUCCCAGGUGUGGUCUGGUGGCGCACUCAGCAGGUGCGCCUCCCAGGUGUGGUCUGGUGGCGCACUCAGCAGGUGUGAGGCGCGCCUCUGCCUGUCUGCCCCGCUAG